AUGAGCUCCAUCGAAACCUCAUAUCUCAAGGCCAUUCUUCGUGACGCCGCAACCAGCACAAUGUCCGGCAACUACUACGAAUCAGCCAUGGUCAUUCCGGGCAUGCACGCUUCGGCGAUGCCCCGGAGGCCUGCCCAGCCAGCGCCAGCAUCAAGUUCGAAUGCUGCAGCGAUGGCUUCAGAAGUGACGCUAGUCGACAAGAACGGCGAGCUUGUCCAAUGUAAGGAGAAGGUUGAUGCCAACAGUGCCGCCGAUGGAUCAUCGCCAUCUCGCAAAGGACUUCUCAAGCGCAUCCUGAAGAAGGCUUAG